AUGGCUGACGCAGCAUUGCCGGUUACACAGACGGUCGACACGAACAGCGCGUACCUUGCAAAGUUCUGCUUUUCGCUGGGCAUACAAUUGAAGAGAGUGGAAGUGAUUGCGGACGACGAAGAUGAAAUAAUAGAAGCCGCGAGGCGCAUGUCCAAAAACUAUGAUUUUGUGGUUACAAGUGGUGGCAUCGGUCCUACGCACGAUGACAUAACGUACCAGUCGAUAGCGAAGGCGUUCAAUCUCGAGUUAAAACUACACGAAACGACCGUGGCCAAGAUGAAGAAGUUUUCCAGGCCGCAUAAAUCACAGCCGAACUUUGACUGGGAUAAGCCGUCGCCGGCGUUGACAGCGAAGUUAAGAAUGGCCCGCUUACCGUUUGACCCCAAGCUUCCCGAAGAGGACCAGGUGCUCUUUGUCAAGGAAGAUCUCUGGGUGCCAAUUUCAGUGGUCAAUGGAAAUAUUCACAUUUUGCCCGGGGUGCCCAGAUUGUUUGAGGCGUUGCUGGAAGGUAUGAAGCCGAGGAUCAUGCCUCUGCUGAAGGACCCAGAGGGUAAAGGCACGUAUCGCGUGCUCUUUAGCACGCCCUUGGCCGAGAGCGCUGUGGCAGAAUACCUCACGAGUCUUGCCGCAAAGGUCGAGCCGAAGGGCGUUAAGGUCGGAAGCUAUCCUCGCUGGGGCAAAGGCAAGAAUGUCGUGACAUUGGUCGGCACCGACCGGGAGUACAUGGACUCUCUAGAGAACGAGGUUGCCGAGGGAGUUCAAGGUCGAAGGAUCCAGGUAGAAGGCGAAGACGACACUGAUGAUGAAACGGACGUCAAGAAGGACAAGGAUUCGUGA